AUGAGCUCUUGGCUUUUCUCCUUCCGUUCCGCAGGAAAGGAGAUGGAGCAGAGGAGAUGGCGCAGAGGGGAUGGGAGUAGCUGUGGAGCGAAGGAGCGGAGGAGGAAGGAGCGAAGGAGCUGCAGAACAGAGGAGCAGGGAGCAAGGAGCGAAGGAGUGAAGGAGAAGAGGAGGCGAAGGAGCGAGGAGCAGAGGAGAAGGAGCGAGGGGCAGAGGAGAAGGAGUGAGGGGCAGAGGAGAAGGAGCGAGGGGCAGAGGAGAAGGAGCGAGGAGCGGAGGAGAAGGAGCGAGGAGCGAAGAUCCUGCCAGUGGACUUUGCUGAACGGUCGGUCGAGGCAGAGCGGUAGUGGAGACGAAGCAGCAGAGGAGAAGGAGCAGCAGAGGAGAAGGAGCACCAGAGGAGAAGGAGCAGCAGAGGAGAAGGAGCAGCAGAGGAGAAGGAGUAGGAGAGGAGAAGGAGUAGCAGAGGAGAAGGAGCAGCAUAGGAGAAGGAGCAGCAGAGGAGAAGGAGCAGCAGAGGAGAAGGAGCAGCAGAGGAGAAGGAGCAGCAGAGUAGAAGGAGCAGCAGAGGAGAAGGAGCAGCAGAGGAGAAGGAGUAGCAGAGGAGAAGGAGCAGCAGAGGAGAAGGAGCAGCAGAGGAGAAGGAGCAGCAGAGGAGAAGGAGUAGCAGAGGAGAAGCAGACGGAGUAG